AAUGAGAUAGAGAAAGGAACAAGAUCCCGUCAAGACAUAUGAUUGGUAGUCCAAACAAGUGAUUUUGUGUCCGAUUCAAGCUUUAAUCGAUAACCUGUCUUUGUGUGAUGCAAUGAUUCGCUGCAUAUUGGCUCUAUAAUCUAAGAUUGGGGUAACUUAUUUAUGCCAAUUGUUUCCCAAAAAAAAAAAAAGAAAAAAGAAAAACACAACCUAAAUCCCGGAAAAAAAAAAUCAGAAAGAGUAGCCAUAAUAAAAGCUGAAAAGAAGAGAACAGGAUCCACCUCGAACCUCCCUCCACUCUAAUCAAAAUUUUCUCUCUUCUGAUUCUGACCUCAAAUCCAAACUCCAAAGGAAACCAAACCCAAUCUUCCUCUUGGAUUUCUUGUACUUCGUUUUCAGAUUUAGGGGCUGUUGGUCCAAAUUUAGGUUUGGAUCUGUUUCUUUUUAAUUGUAAUUGUAAUUAUUAUUUGUGAAUAAUAAUGAGAGAGGAAGACUCAAAUUGGUUUUCAAAAUGGGAGGAGCAGCUUCCAUCCCCGGAAGAGCUGAUGCCUCUUUCCCAAACCCUAAUUACCCCUGAUCUUGCUCUCGCCUUCGAUAUUCGAAACCCAAACCACCACCACCACCACCACCAACAACAACAACAACAACAGCAGCAGCUUCCGCCACCGCCUCCUUUACAUUCCUCAGCCGUGCAGCCUCCUUCUCAGCCCAUUUCAGCUGAAUUCGCCGCCGAUUCCGGGGACUUGGGGUCUGGGGCAGCUGGAGAUGAGCCGGCACGCACUCUCAAGCGGCCUCGCCUCGUGUGGACCCCACAGCUCCACAAGCGAUUCGUUGACGCCGUGGCUCAUUUGGGGAUCAAGAACGCUGUCCCGAAGACCAUAAUGCAGUUGAUGAGUGUUGAUGGUUUGACCAGAGAAAACGUUGCUAGUCAUUUACAGAAAUAUCGCCUUUAUUUGAAGAGAAUGCAAGGCUUAUCUGGUGGGGGAGGUGGUGGUGGUGCCAACGGUGGAGCUGGCGUUGCUGGAUUAGGUGGCACGGCUGAUCCAGCGACUGACCACUUGUUUGCAAGCUCACCGGUUCCCCCUCAUUUUCUUCAUCCUGCUAGGGGUAAUUCAGAGCAUUUCUUGCCGUUUGUGCCAGUGCCCGCAGUGCAGCAUCACCAUCAUCACCAGCAACAGCAGAUGGUGGCAGCAGCAGUUGGACAUCCGCAUUUGCAGACUCAGUAUCAUAGGCAAAUGGGGCAUUUUGGGUCAUCACCGAAUGGUCAAUUUGAGCAUCCCUUCUUAGGUAGGCAGACCCAGCAGCCAAUGCAUAGGAUGGGAGGGGCACCCGUGCAUAAUCAAGUUACAAGUAAUUAUUUGGAAGAUUUGGAAUCUGCCAAUGGGAAUGGUGGAAGGAAGGUUCUUACUUUAUUUCCAACAGGGGAUGAUUGAUUCAAAACUUGGGUAAUCAAUGAAACUCCAUUUUCAUCAUUCAGCUUUUCUUCUUUAUUUGAUUAGUCCUUUUAUUUGAGUUUCAUCAUGUAGAGUCUUUGUGGAUGGUCAUUUGACUUUUUGGCCUUUCUUUUAGUGAUCUUGCGGGGGUUGUGGUAAUUAGCCAUGGACUUCGAUUUUAAUCUAAGUUUUCAUCUUGAGCUGGUGGGUAGUGUACUUAAUCUGGUGUUGCUUUUUACAACACUCUGGGAGUCAUUAGAGUCGGUUGUGGUGUCAGUUCUUUUAUAAUUUUCAGUUCUGCAGACUUCCACACAUGUAAUUAAGUGUCAGUGGCAGUAUGUUUUUCUCAGUCAGCUUCUGGUGACAGACAAUGAUGGAGACGUCACUCUAACCGAGAAUAAGUUCCUAAGCUUAUCAAUGCUUGCAAUUACUUUGGCCUGGUGUUAUUGGGUUAAUUUGGAUUGCUUAGAGGUUGUGUUACCCAAUGCUUAUUUUGGGCAUCGGCUUAGUUAACUUAUAUUUCGGAGUCUGCUUGCCUGGGAGGUCUUUCAGCCAUCAAGGUGGUUUUGAGGCAACAUGGCUAAAUUUUGAGCUUGCAGGUGAAAAAAUAUAUAAAGCACACAAUCCCUAGUUGGUGUCUUUGUUACAAUUGGUAUUGAGGUUCCAAAAUUGUCUUCUGUGUUAAUCAUUUCUUCUUUUUAGUUCAGUGUUAUGUAGAGGUAAAUUGUACUCGUUGUACAUUGUGUGACUCCAUAGAAGACUUUGGACCUGAUUUAUGAAGGGUCUCUUUCAGAGAUCUCUGACUUUUUUUUUUUCUUUUCUUAUUUUCUUACGUUAAGUUUAUUUUAAUCCCCAUGAACAUUAGCUGGAUUUUCUGAAAUUUCACGGCGUCUGCAACUUUUGUGGUGUUGUUGAAUGACAAAUUCUGUAGUAUGAAGUAGAACACUCAGCAUUUCUGAUCAAAGAAUCAUGUAAAAUUCAUAGGCAUAGUGCUGAAAGAUAUGAUCUUCUGUCUUCAUUCUCGGUCAUUUGUGGCUGAAAUAUUAAACUCCAACUAUAAGAAGGCACUUGAUGAAAUCCUAAUCAGAAGUUCUCUUUAUUUGUAAAACAAACUAGGGUGUCAAUGUUUGUAACAUUGAGAGUGAGCAACAUCUUUGUGGUUAGAGUACAGAAACCAUUUUUAUUGAGCUGUUUUAUUAACUGUUUGAUUGUUAAAACUUUUGGAUCUUUUUCAUGUUUAGACCAAACUAUUCUCUCUUUUCCUUAAAAUGAUUGGAUCUUUAAUUUAUCUUGUGGUUGAGCGACAUUUGAAAUUCUGACUGUAGGUUAUUAUCCAUGCAAGUAGGUAGAGCAUUAGAAUACAUCCCCUUUGUAAUUAUCUUUAAAUUUUCAAAAAUGGAGACUGAUUUCCUCUGUAAACUCUAAGUUAUUUAGAGUUGUGACCUAAUCUAUUGAUCGCAUCUAAAAUUUAACCUUGCGAUUGAUCAUGACUUGUCUACUUAAUUUAGCCUCUGAGUGAAUGGCAGCAGUAAAUAUAAUUUGUUGUGUGCAUUCUAAUUGCUAUUAAUAUGUGAUCUUAUGUAUGUGUUUCCAUUUAAUUUCCCAUAGUCAUGUGAUGUUCCUGUUCCUUAACUUUUUCCACUGCUGUUGUUGUUGUUGUUGUUGUUGUUGCUGUUGUUGUUGUUGUUGUUGUUGUUGUUACUUCUUCAAUGAGGACCUAAGAGGUAAUCAUGGGAGUUCAUAUGUUCAUCUUCGAAUCCAAAAUGAUUUGAACUUUUUUCAACUUUGAGUCGAAGAAUAAAUACAAUUGGAAAACACAUGUAAUAGAGAAGGGCUCUCAUCUCAGUCAGUUUAGUGUUAAAAUCAGAGUACUGAUCCAAUCCGUGAAAAUAACCACAUCUUUUAUUAUCACAUGGUAUUUACGUCGACCUUUUAUUUCUGCUCAUGUCAAACUUCUUGUGAAGUUUGCUUUAGCAGCCCACUGCUUAAAAUUUUUUAAAGAGAAACUUAGUAGAGAAUGUUGUUUAAGGUUGUAUUGGGACUGGUUGUUCUUGCUGUACUUUGUAUUUUUUUUAUGGGAUCAUUAUCCAAUUUAUCA